CCCUUUACAUAUAAAUAGUCGAUAAAUACUAAGUAAUAAUGGCCGAAAAUCUUGCUGGUAAACUUUAUGCUUUGCUCAACAAAGAAAAUGUCAAAGCUGAGCAAUGGAAACUCUUAGGUCAAGAAAAGGAUGGAUCACUGUUGGUUUGUUGGAUCGACGAAAAUACAGAAAAUUCAUUGUACCAUUCUGUCAUUGGACGCUAUGAUAGAUGUAAAAAUUCACUCCAGAUAAUCCAUGAAUUUCCAACGAUUUUAAACAUUGUACAAGCAAGUAUAAAUCAAAACCAUACACUCCUCGGUUACAUUGUCAAAAAGCCACUUGAUUUAAAAAAUUUAACAACUCCAAAUGACGAUGACACUGUUAAAAAUAAUUCACAAGACCCAGAUGAAGUGGAAAUUUAUCAAACUUAUGUUAUUGAACUUGAUGCAGCUGAUAAAAAAAUUCACAAUAUAGAUACUGAAAGACGUAAACAAGUACGAAUACAAUUUUUAUAUAAACACAAAAAUAAUGGUAUUCAUGAUAAGUUUCUUGUGAUGAUUCAUCAAGAAUGUAUAACAAUGUACACAGUGACAUUUGAAUCAUCAGAUAUCAACACAAUUAAAUCCUUGAAAAAUGAAAUUAUUGUUAAAACAUUUUUUUGGGCUCAGUGGGAUACUAUAAAUCAAGUUCUAUAUCAUAUUCAUAAUCGUCGAGCUCCAACAAGUUUGGUAACUGAAAAUGACAAUGAGGCUAGACCUAAAAUAACAAAUACAUGUCCAACAUUAAGUGGUUUUCAAUUUCACGAUGAGUUACCACAUGAAACUGUUUUAAAUAUUCCUUUAAAUUUGCCACAAACACCCAACACUGGUAAUUGUGGUACCUAUGAGGAUGAUGUGAUACCAUUACGUGUUCAUGACUGUUCUCUUGAUCUGAUUGUCAUCUCUGACACAAAAGGCGUAGUUUGUGUUUGUCAUCAUUAUUUGUACCAACCGUAUCAACCACCUCAGAAUGUUCUUAAUGCAUCCCUCAGUGAUUCCAACAGGGUACACUUUGCUUACUCUGUAACGUUGCUUCAUCAUAGCUGUGUUAUUCAUUGUGUUAUUCCUGGAAUACCCUGGUCACAAGCAAAACUUAUGCGACCAACUUUUUCCAUAACAGAUGAUUACAUGAUUGUUUUUGUUCAAGGAUCAUUUACUCAUGUUUUAGAAAUUGGUGUUACUCAUGAUCCCAGUUGUCAUAUUCUUUGUGGACCAUUAUCAGCAAUUUCACAGACAGCUUCUUAUCUUGUUCCAUUGCUUGAUCUUAAUCAAACUAAACAUCAAAAAAAAUAUUCUGACAAUGAUGAUGUAUGCAAUACUUUGACUAUUGAUCUACCAACAUUGGAUCUAGUUACUCUAACAAUUCCAACAGAUUUUCUAGUUGAUGUUUUUAAAAAAGAGUCAUCAAUUUAUGUGAGACUUGGUAUAUUACAUUAUUUUCUAUGUCAUCGACAUGACUUUGACAAAGUCGCUGCACUUGUUGCAAUUAUUGCUGACAAACCAAGUUCUCUAAAUGUUGUUAAAUACAUGCAAGAAAUACUAAUGGGUACAUCUUAUUCUUUGGUGCAAAAAAAUUUAUUACCUGAUACAAUUCCUUUGCUUUCAUUGUUACCUAUCACGACUGUUGAAGAAUGUAUUUUUUACGAUUCAAAAAUUAAUGAUUUAAAUAUAACAUUGAGUCAUGAAAAAUUGUUGAAUACUUCUGUCAUGUUGUUGUCACCACAGCAACGUUUGAUGCCAUACAGAAGUGAUUUGUGGACACGACUUUGGGAUAAUCUUGGAAAAAAAAGUGAAAAUAAACCGCGAUUUAAUCCAAGUAAAAUAAGUGAUAAAUUAUUGAUGUCAUUGGCGUACUAUCAGCCUGAGGCAUUAUCCAGAUCAAGCACACCAAUGUCACCAAGUGGUGGACUUGUUUUAACAGCAUCAUCAUUUAGUGAUAUAACAAGUAAUCGUGGUAAUAAACUUCUUGAUUCAACAUUACCAUUUGUUGAAAUUGAAAGUUGUACUGCUUCAAAACAAGAGCAUAUUGUUGCUGUUAAUUUGCGGGAGUUAUCAAUGUACUUAUUAAAAUAUGCAACUAAAAUGCCAGCAACUGCUUAUGUCUCUUGUACACCACUUCAGGUACAUGCAAUAGCAACAAGAUAUGUUGCAGCACAAUUAGAAAGUUCAAGAUUACUUUGUCAAAUGAUUUGUCGAGCAGCAAAUGUAGAUCCAAGACUUGAACAAGAAAGAGGCUUUGUCUUGAUUGAUCAACUUGAUGAGACUAGAAGAAAUUUAUUGUUUAUGCUAAUGGAACGUUAUCGUUAUGCAAUUGAAGUCGUUGCAUUUCCUGUGCCUCAAGGAUUUGCAUCGUUUUUUACUUACCUUGGUUAUCGGAGUCUCAAGUAUUCCAUGUUUUUACAGUACAUUGAGAGAUCCGUCUUUGAACUUCAAGUUGAUGUCACUAAAUUCAUCAUUGCAGACAUCAGUGAUACAAAAGAAAAUACAGUUAAAAAACUUCACUUGCUAUCAUUGCUACCAAAAUCAAGAGCCAAAAGGCUUCUCAAUCAAUGGCUUCAUCCUGUUAGCUUUAUGAUACGUGCAAGAGAACAUGCUACAAAUAUUUUGUCAGGUGAAGCUUGUCAAAAUCGUGGAAGAACAUCACAGCAUUGUCAUUUGCACAGUGGUAUUGCUGCUUUUCCUUCUGCUGACCGUUUGUCACCUCUUGAUACUUUUUUGGAUCUACUUACUGCUAAGGCAAGUCUUGCUGAACUCGAUUUCGGUCUACUCAUUGAAGCCACUGUAACUUCUACUGAAGACUUUUUAUAAAUAAUUUUUUUCGUUGUUGUUUUUCUUUUUCUUUUUGUCACAAAAAUCAUUUCACCAAAAAUCUCAGCUUUUUUUUUUCUUUCUUUUUCUUUUAUCGUGUGA